GUAUCUCUCUGUGUGGGAGGGAGUCCCCCUCAGUGCAGAGGAGCAGGUCCGCUUCCUCUGCUGCCGGGCCGGAACCUUUGUGCGAGCGGCGGCAGCGGCGGCCGGCUGUUGGCGGCGGACUCGUCCCUCCCCACGUGUGCCGGGUGUCCGGGCUGAGGGAGCGGGCGCCACGAUGGAUUUAAUCCGCACCAUCGGGGAGGAGGACGAGAUCCCGGAGGAGGAUGAGGAGACGGGGUCCGAGGGAGAGGAAUUGCCUGUCGUUUUGCUGAAGAAAAAGACGUCAAGGAAACAAUGUGCGGACUUCAGUGAAGAGUUUCUCUUCACUGAGAAGGACGGGGAAUAUGACGAUGGUUGGGUUAUGGCAGAUGUCCUGAAACAAUUGAAGAAAAAUAAAGCACCAACAACACUGGACGAAAAGAUAGACAAAGUUCGAAAGAAAAGAAAAAAAGAGGAGAAAUCUACAAAAGAAGCAAAGAGAAUAAAGACUAUUUCCACUGAGGACACAGUAUCCAACCCAGAUGUGAUAAAGCCAGGUGAAGAAGGAGUGGAUGAAAUUGAGGGCAAUGACGAAGCAAAGGACUCUGAUGGAGAACAAGAAACAGAUGAUGAUGAUGAGUCGAUAUCUGAAUUCUCCUCUGGAGAUGAGGAUGUUUUACAGAAAGCAGACACACUGAAAUUAAAAGGAAAGAAGAAAAUUCCUCAGAAUAAAUUGGAUGUGUUCUUUGAGGAUGCCCCAGAGGUUGAUGACAGCCUGACAUUCCAGGAUAUGAAUCUCUCUCGACCACUUUUAAAGGCGAUCACUACCAUGGGUUUCAAACAGCCAACUCCCAUUCAGAAAGCGUGUAUCCCUUUGGGUUUGCUGGGCAGAGACCUCUGUGCCUGUGCUGCCACUGGAACAGGUAAAACUGCUGCCUUCAUGCUGCCAGUGCUGGAACGUUUGAUCUAUAAACCGCGGCAGGCUCCUAUUACCAGAGUGUUGGUUCUAGUUCCAACUCGUGAACUAGGCAUCCAGGUGCAUUCUGUCUCCAGAAAUUUGGCACAGUUCACAUCCACCACCAUCUGUCUUGCUGUUGGUGGAUUGGAUGUAAAAACCCAAGAAGCAUCUCUGAGAGCAGGACCUGACGUUCUCAUUGCCACCCCAGGCCGACUGAUUGAUCAUCUUCAUAAUUGUCCAUCCUUUGACCUCAGCAGCAUUGAGGUCCUUAUUCUGGAUGAGGCUGACAGGAUGCUCGACGAAUACUUCGAGGAGCAGAUGAAGGAAAUAAUUCGUCUCUGCUCCCACCAACGACAAACGAUGCUGUUUUCUGCUACCAUGACUGACGAGGUGAAAGAUCUGGCAUCAGUGUCACUGAAGAACCCAGUCCGAAUUUUUGUGAACAGUAACACAGAUGUAGCUCCAUUCCUCCGUCAGGAAUUCAUCCGAAUCCGUCCAAACCGCGAGGGGGACAGAGAGGCAAUUGUUUCAGCUCUUCUUACUCGCACGUUUCAGGACCACGUUAUGCUGUUUACACAGACCAAAAAGCAAGCUCAUCGGAUGCACAUCCUGCUGGGGCUGAUGGGACUGAAGGUUGGCGAACUGCAUGGGGAUCUUUCUCAAACCCAGAGACUGGAGGCUCUUAGGCGCUUUAAGGAUGAACAAAUUGAUAUUCUUGUAGCCACUGAUGUUGCUGCCAGAGGACUGGAUAUCGAUGGAGUCAAAACGGUGAUUAACUUCACAAUGCCCAACACCAUCAAGCACUAUGUGCACAGGGUGGGUCGCACAGCUAGAGCUGGCCGCAGUGGGCGGUCCGUGUCACUCGCUGGUGAGAUGGAAAGGAAAAUGUUAAAAGAAAUUGUGAAGAAAGCCAAAACUGAAGUGAAAGCUCGUGUCAUUCCACAAGAUGUGGUGAUGAAGUUCCGGCAGAAGAUUGAGAAACUGGAGAAGGAAAUCUAUGCUGUUCUGCAGCUGGAAAAAGAGGAAAAAAUGAUGCAGCGAUCAGAGGCUCAGAUCAACACUGCGAAAAACAAGCUGCAGAAGGACAAUGAAGAAACCAGGCCAGAGCGCACCUGGUUCCAAACCAGGGAAGAACGGAAGAAAGAGAGAGUUUCAAAGGCUCUACAGGAGUUUGACUUAGCACUAAGAGGCAAAAAGAGGAGGAAACAGUUCAUGGAAAACAUGAAAAAGAAAGAAAUGACGGCUGAAGAGAGAACACAGAUUGAAAUUAUGAAAUCACAGAUGUAUGCUGAGCGCGUUGCUAAGCGAGGCCGCCGACCGAAGAGGGCACGAGCAAUGCCCGAGGAUGAGGCAAACCAAGCUGCAGGAGAUAAAAUGAACAGAGUAAGCAAAUCAAAGAAGUCAGUGUUCGAUGAAGAAUUGACAAAUACAAGUCAGAAAGCCCUGAAACAGUACCGAGCAGGGCCAUCAUUUGAAGACAGAAAGAGACUUGGAAUAUCAAAGCACAAAAAAGGGGGUACAUUUAAAUCAAAAUCCAGGUACAAGAGAAGGUGAAUCCAAACAGUAAAGCCAUCAGAGUUUUAUGAAACUGCCUUUUCAAGGAGUUCUUUAUCAGCCUGUAUAUUUAUGUGACAUAUUUGAUAAUGAAAUAUUGUCAUACUUCAGAUCCUAGAAGAAAUUUUGUAAGGACUGACUUGUCAAUUUAUUGAAAUGAGCUGACCUCCAAUUUCACUGGAAUUAAGGUUUUAUCUUUGGGAUCAUUUCUCUUGAUCUGCAGUCUCCCACCCUCGAUGCCUAAGUAUUGAUUACUAUGGGUACAGUCCUUUUUAGAAGAGCAGGGACAUUGCACUGUAUGUCUCAUUGCAUGACGUUAUGUCUCAUUUUCAAGUGUGGUGUUCUGCAGACACUUGUGUUCACUUAAUCCUCACACAGUACCAUAUCUUCACCUUGCUCUGAGACAGGGAAUCGCUGCUGCCAAUGUAAUGAUUUGGGAUUGAAGUGGAAUAGCAGCACAACAGGAUUUCCUAUUUUCAAUCCGGAUUUUUCAGGAGAAUUUAAAAUAGCUUUCAAAUUUUAAGUGGCUGAACCUCUGCUCUACACCAUCCCACGUUUAUAUCCAGUGAUCCUCUGGCAAUACACAUUUGCAUUGCUGUUUAGGACAGACUCAGGCUUGAUCUUGCUAUUCUUGUGCUCAGAAGGCAUUAGUGAACAAAAAUAGAUGAGGUAAGAGAAAAUAUUGGAACUUCAUCUCCAUGAAGUGACAAUCUGUCCUGGAGUAUUUUGUAUUAUAGAAGCAGAUCUAUCGGUUUCUACAAACUGCUGAGAUUAUCUUGAAAAGAAAUAAGAUGGAACUCUGCUCUUGAAUGGAAAUCUUUUGGGACCAAAGCUCUGUUUAUUUGAGUGAAGGGUCCUUCCAUUCUUAAGCUAUUUUCCUUCUGGCUACUGGAUGUGGUGUUCACUUUGCUGUAUCAAUGUGAUUCUUUCCAAAGUUAAAGAAUUUCACUUUGACAAACUGUUGCAUUGUUUUCUUUAAAUAUAUUUCAAUGGUAAUGAAAAUCUGACACUGAGGGUCCAAGGAGACAAGCAGGAGAGUGACCAGAGACUUGAUCAGAAAGAUGAGAACACGGGGAGAAUUACAGGCUAGUAGUGUUUUAGGUUACAGAAGGUGGAAAGCUGCCAGGAAACAGUACUGAAAUGCUUGACAUCAAACCUUUAAUACUGGAAAUACAUUUCUGCCCUCUAGUCCAGCAAUCAAUCUGGAGAAACUUUGUUGCACCUCCUCAACUGCCAGUAUAUCCUUAGGUAGGACACUAUAUUCCAAGUGUCCUUGUAUUGACCUAUGAGUGCCUGAGUAAAGGAGGAUACAAGUUUUUGGGGUUUUGGGGUCAUGUGAGCACCUACUAGGUGCUCCCUAGUGGCAGAACUCAAAAUGCAGAAAAUAUGAGGUGUACAAGGAAAAUGAAAGAUAAAUCCAAGUUAAGAUUGUAGCAAGUAAGGGGAUAUUUGUAACCUACAGCACAGGACAUUCAAUCCAGUGAGUUAAUGAUUUGUUUGUACUUGGUAAAAAUCCAAACCUCAUUUAUUCAUAACUACAUUUUCUGCUUUAACCACCAAGUCAGGGAGAUUAGAAAGGGAAGCAGUUAGUUAUUAAAAAUGAUUUUAAUUAUUUUAAAUUUGAGUAUCAGAAAAAAAUUCUUCAAAAUGAGCUCAGUGAAACAGAGGUAGCAAUAGAUGUGAAAUAACAUGCUUGAUGAGGACAUUUAAAGAAGGGAGUGUGUGGUCAGUGGCAUACAGAAACAAAUUAACAGAGUACAAGCUUUAAGGUGUCUGUGUUUUCAUGAUUACAGUUUGAUUUCAAUAAAAGCAAUUAAGUGUUUGAAUAUGCCUAGGUUGUUGCUGAAAUUCCAGGAUAAAUACAAAAUGAUUUCAAACAAAUUGUGCUCCCAGGCAAAACCACAAAUCAUUACUGCAUUCACAUGAAGAAAUUAUUAUUAGUUUCCUGUUGUUUGGCAGCAAACUGAA